AUGCCCUGGCAUAAGCACAUUUCUCAGGUCACUGGACGACCCACAUCGUGUCCCAGCAACCGACCUUCCAUUCUGGACGUAAACCUUCCUUCCAUAACCAUCCCAAACGGCCGGUACUCUGUCUCUCUCUCCAGAAGUGUCACAAAUGUUGGAGCUGUUGACUCAGAGUACAAAGCUGUUAUCGACCCUCCACCAGGAAAUGCCAUAAAAGUAGAACCUGAUAGACUCGUCUUCUUUCAGAGUCAUGGUUUCCUAGCUCGCCGGGUGAGCACGGGAUUCUCUUUCGGAAGCUUGACUUGGUCUGAUGGAGAGCAUGCUGUAAGAAUUCCCAUAUCAGUGAGACGUGAUUUCACCAUUCCAUAG